AUGAGUGACGCACCCGCUGUCGGCGCCUUCCCGCAGACGCCCGUGGCGGCGCGACGGGGUCCUGCGAGGCCCUCUGACUCAACUACAUCAACAACAAUAAAGAGAACAAGUCCUUUACCGCUCGCGCCACAAGCAGGUCGCCAGGCAACCAACAUUUCCCCGGUAAUACCGUUACAUAUACUCGAUGCGCCAACACAGCGCUUCUACGCGUUUGCCUUCUACCUGGCCCUCACGGCCUGGAAGCUCUACGACUGGACCCAGGUCCUCGAAGAGGAUACCGAGUCCUUCUUGCUCUUCUUAAAAUGGAUCGCCAUCGAUUGCGUGUUCCUCUUCGGGCUACCGGAGCUCAGGAUACCGUGGCUUGAGCUGUCACAGCCGUUCGUCAUGGUGGCGUUUGCCAUCCAUGCCAUGUUUGAUUGGAUUCUCAUGUUCAACAUUGGCUUCCCUUGGCAGUCUUGGGUUAUCGGGCUCCUCAAGGUCUUCUACGACCGAGAGAUAGCGAUCUCGGAGCACAACGUCAAGCUGUCCAGCAUUCUGCAAAACUCCUCGUUGAUCAUGGGUCGCCAGAUCAUUAAUAUUCUUCCCGAAGGAUCUGCGAUUCUCAACCCUGAGCUCCAGCCCUUCUGUUUGGGCGGCGACCGGAAAACUGCAAAUAUCCCCAUCUUUUUCAAUUCCACAAUCCCUGUCGAGGUUGAGCUGAUCCGGACCGAUUUCGAAACCGGUCAGCAAGAGUCUAUCAAGCUGAGCAAGAGCCAGCUCCGCGAUAUCGAGCGUCGCGCGAAGAGGGAAAGUCAGGAUGGCGAUACUGUGCAGAGCAUUGUCCAGUUCGACUUCCCGGUCAAGAAGACGGGUGCAUAUAGACUCGGCCGCGUUCUUGACGAGUACAAGCUGGAGGUUCAGCGGAGAAACCCAUUGACUUUUGUGGUAUCUUGCCCAAAGGCUUGGGUCGGCCCUGCGCUGUCGGCCCAUCGCUGCGUUGGCGAUCUAUCGGAUCUGUCCAUGAUGGUGGAAGGCACACCCCCGCUCAAGAUUAAGUACAGCCGUAUGAUCAAUGGCAAGGACCACAGCUUCCAUUUCCAGAGUCUCCAGCCGGAAGGUUUCGUGUCUCCCCUGAGCGGAUUGCGGUCAAACAACUGGGGUUAUGACGAAGACGAUAUCUCCUGGGCCCGGGCUCAGAAGGUUCCUGUGGGGCUCAACGAGUCUAUGCACUCCAGCGGCGACUGGCAGUAUUCCAUCGACGAGGUUCAGGACGGCUUCGGCAACAUUAUCAAGUACGACUCCCUAGCCGAUGAUCCCGACGGCAAGCCCAAGCCCAAGCAUCUCACGCAGAGCUUCGUGGUCAAGAAGCGGCCUGUCAUUCGCUUGGAGGGUUGCGAUCUUAGGCAUCCUCUCAAGGUGGCCAAGGGGAAGUCGAAGAACCUCCCCGUUUCGUACGGUCUCUCCGGUGGCUCGCGCGAGGAUUCGACUUAUCAGAUCGCUUGGCAGUUCUCACCGAUCGAUACGCUUACCGAAAGUGGUGACCAUGGCGAUGUGGUUACGAUCGGCACAUACACUGCCAAGAAUAAUCGCGACAGACCGACCAUUUCUGCCCCUGGUCUCUACACUCUCAAGUCGGUGUCUGCGAGUCAAUGCGAGGGUGAGAUUCAGGAGCCGUCUUCUUGCCUGUUGCUCAAUCCAUUGGAGCCGAGGCUUUCUCUUCGCCACGAAGAAAUCCCGGACACAUGCGCUGGCAACUCGAUUGGUCUCAGGGUGGAUCUGGAUCUCAUUGGUACCCCUCCGUUCAUCGUUAGGUACGACGUCAUUUCGAAUGGCGAACGACGGUCUGAACGGGUGAGCAUCCCUGGCCUGCGGUACCAAUUGGAUUUGGUUCCCCGCAUUGCUGGUCACCACAAGUACAUCUUCACGCAUGUUGGCGACUCUAUCUACGAUGGCCAGAAACUCUCCGGUCCUGAGUAUGUACUUGAACAAGACGUCAAGCCGGCGGCGGCUGCGUUGAUCCAGCACAGCACGGGCAAGAUGAGCUCUUGCCUCGGCGAUCAGGUCACUGUUGACAUCCUGCUUCUCGGCGAUCCUCCGUUCACUCUCGAAUGGGAGCUUAUUCAUGACGGCAAGAGGAAGCAGUUCAAGGUUCCGAAUAUCCAAGAGAACUCGUAUCAAAUCAAGACUGCUCCUUUGACUACCGGUGGCGAAUACACUCUCGGAUUGACCAGCGUCCAGGACAAGAGAGGCUGCCGGAACUUCUUGCAGGAGGAGCUCAAGAUCUCCGUCCGGCGUCAGAGCCCCCGCGCCGCUUUCGGUCAGGUCGAUGGCAAGCGCAAGAUCUUGGCUGUGGAGGGUUCGUCUGUCAAGCUUCCGCUCCGUCUUACUGGGGAGGGGCCCUGGAAGGUUUACUACGCCAACCUCCAUGAUGGUUCGCCAGACAAGCCCAAGGUCCAGGAGAAGAUUAUCAAGAGUGACAACGGUUUCCUCGAGGUUCGGGGACGCGGUGCUUUCGCGAUCACAGAUGUUUGGGACAGCCAGUGUCACGGUGUCGUGGAUCCGAAGGCUUCCAGAUUCGAUGUCGACUGGUUUCCGCGGCCCGAGCUCUCUGUUGCUCUUACCCAUGGUGUGUCGAAGACCGAAACUGGCUUCCAGCUUCAGGAUGUCUGCGAGGGCGACGUAUCUGGUUUCGAGGUUGCUCUCAAAGGCACUCCUCCCUUCACUGUGGAAUACGAAGUUCGCCAUCAUCCACUCCAGGGUUCCAGCUCUUUAAGCAAGAAGAAGAUCGAGGGAGUCGUUGGCAAGGAGGCUAUCCAAGCCGACACGUCCAAGGCUGGCACGUACACCUACAAGUUCACGGCCCUGGAGGACGAUCUUUACUCGAGCAACAGAGGCUUCCAACCUAUCAUCGUGAAACAAAAUGUCAACCGGAAGCCGACGGCCUCGUUCGUCAAGCCCGGACAGACCUUCAAGUACUGCAAGUCCGAGCAGGACAAUGAGGAUGGUAUCCCGAUCACCCUCACUGGCGUACCUCCUUUCUUCCUCGAGGUUGAGAUCAAGCACCAGAGCGCCGCCGUACCCGAAAUAUACCGGACUCCCGCCAUCGAUUCUCACUCCUACGAGCUCAAGAUCCCCCGGCACCACCUUCGCCUGGGCACCCAGCACAUUCGCAUCCGCGAUAUCCGUGACGGCAGUGGAUGCCAUUCGACAUCCGGUAUUCUCAGCGGCCCGUCCGUCCAAGUCCAGCUGUUCGAAGCACCCACCAUCUACCCCCUCGAGACCCGCACCGAUUACUGCGUCGGCGAGCGCAUCUCGUACACCCUCUCAGGCCAGGCGCCCUUCGAAGUCUGGUACACCUUCAACGGCGUGGAGCUCAAGGCCAAGUCUCCCAACACCAACUUCCGUCGUAUCGCCGAAUCGCCCGGCGAGUUUACCAUCACCUCUGUUUCCGACAAGGCCUCGGAAUGCCGCGCUCCUGUCUCCAUCACUAAGACCAUCCACCCGCUUCCCGCGGUUCGCAUCAGCAAGGGCAAGAGUGUGCGCGUAGACAUCCAUGAGGGCGGCGAGGUCGAUAUACUGUUCGAGUUCUUCGGCACCCCGCCGUUCGAGUUCACUUACACGCGUAGCACGAACGCUCGUAAAGGGCAAAAGUCGCAGGUGCUGGAGACGAGGCAUGAUAUUAGCCACGAGCAUAGCAAGGUAAUUAAGGCUAGUCAGGAGGGUACAUAUGAGGUGGUGGCGAUCAAGGAUAAGUACUGUUCGUUUUCGACACAGGCGGUGGUUGGGCUGGAAGGAGGGAAGAAAGAUAAGACGAAGAAGUUGAAGGUUUAUUGA